CUAGUAUGCAUAUAUUUUAUAGGUAAUACAUCUUUAUACAUAUACCUAAUACAUACAUAUAUACAUGUGUAGCUAUACUUCUGCAACUUAACAGUUCUUAGUGGAAACAGAAUUUUAGCAAUGGGGGUAAAUGAAGAAUGAAUAAAAGGUAAAAAUGGAUAUAGAAGUAAAACACAAGACAUGGGAGUAUAAAUAAAUUAAAACUAAUCUCUGAAAAGCGGUUUUUAGCAAUAGAAACCUAAAAACAUUUUGUAGAAAGCAGAACAAAAUCUAAUAACAGAGUUCAAUUUUAGUAGGUGUUGUGGUAGUAAAUAUGUAAGUUACUUCUCUUUUGGAAUACAACAGAUCUCACUGGGCUAUUAAAUCCUAGAAAUAAUCCCACAAAACACCCAUUUUAGCAAGGUGCAUUUCCACGUGUGAGUUAUUUCUCGCUCAGCCACAUUUAAAAAUGUGAAAUUUGGAUUUAGAUGGGGACAUAUAUUUAGGGAAGAGAAGUGCCACACAAGUAAUGGAGCACUUUUACCAUGAAAUUAAUGUCAUAGAUUUUUCUAUAAAUACCUCUUUUUAUUAUUAAGACAAUGUAGACAUAAAACACUUCAUACUGUAGUUUCUAUAUGGCAGCCAACCCACUUAUCAAUGGCCAAUAAAUUACUUCACCCCUAUGAUAGAUACAAAUGCUCAAUUCAAGUUCAAUUAAUAGAAUAGUGCCAGGAUAUCAUGCAGACAGCUUGCAUAAAUACUCGAGGAAUAAUAGCAUACCUUCAGUAGCUUCUGUGAUUUUUAAGCAUGAAAACUUUUUCUUAUUCCAAAUUUCGAAAGAUGGAAUAAAGAAUGUUUCCAUAUAAAAUACAUUUGGAACAGUUUUCCUUCUUUAAAAAAAAGGCAUCUAACCCACUUGCAACAUACACUGGUAAUUCAUCUUUGUAGUUACAAAAUGAGAUAUAUAUGUAUUCUUUUUCAAUUCAUGUGACUGUAUGUGAACAUUUCAGUAAUUCCAAUAUCAAACAGCUAAAUUCAAAAUCAUAUUAUACUUUCUGAUAUGUGUAUAUGAUAUAUAUGUUUGUAAUCAAAGGCAGAAAGACCUUCAGUUAGUUGAUUUCAUCUUUGGGCACUAUUUUAUAUUUUAUCAGAUAAUUAAAAGUCAUUAGUUAUUUCACAGUAUAAAAUAUUGAAUAAAUUACCAACAGGCCUUUAUUUUCUGCUCCUAAUUUCGAAAUGUAUUUGGACUCGAGGUAUGGAACUAAUGUCACUGCUUAUCAAACAACUUUUCUGGAAAUCUUAAUGCACAAAAGUUUCCAGAUUUAUAUAUUCAAAAGUAAAUUAUAUCUUAAAUGAAAUUGAGAAAAAAUGGAGAGGGAAAGGAGAAAAUCUAGUUUAUAUUCGGCGUGAAUAGCUUUCAAUAUCUUCCAGGUGGGGGCAACAGUAAGUCACUUUUGAGAGAAGGGAGAACAGGCUCUUUAAGCUCCCUGAGUCCAGUUACAGAAGAUUAAAUGACUUCCUGGCAGUAACACUGUGAAUAAAACAACCACAAGCUUCCAGGAGAUGAGACUUCUGGGCUCUGCUCCAGACAACACCCGGUCGUGGGCAAGGAGGGCUCACCGCCCUGGGCGCGCCACCGCCUCUGCUGUGCGGAGUCGGCCCCGAGCGCGCACGCGCGCCGUGCACCUGCCCCCAACGCGCCCAGCUGAGGCCCGUUGGUUCUUCCAUCAACUCGCGUUAUGCCCGCACUGUGCCGGCGGGGAGUGUCAGUCACUCUCAUCUCUCAGGAUGUCUCCCUUUCCAGGACCGCUAGGAAGCGGGGUACCCUUUCCCUCUCGUGUUUACAUCCCUUUCAUUCUUCCUCCCGGCAAUUCAAGUCCAUUCACAGCCGCCACAGAUCCACUUGCGCGCGCGCAGCUGCACCUUUAAAGAAACUCUCAAGUCCUGGCAGCCAGAAAACCCGCUUUCGGGCGGGGCGGCGGGGCUCCUCCUCCCCUUGCAUCCUCUUCGCAGAUCUUUGUGCUCUGGGGAGGGAUGGCCGCACACUGGCGAGGACGAAGGUGGAGCAUAACGCAGAGAAAUAUUGCUGAAAUUUAAAGGAGAACGAAGACACAAACUCAUAGCUGGGUCUUGCUGUUUUCCUGAUGCUGACCACAGCAAAUCGAGCUGGUUGAAUCCAAGGAUGCAGAACCCAUGGUUAUAGAUAGCUGACUGUAAUAUUUCCAAGAGCUGCUUCUUGCAUUUUGAGGACGCCUUUAUGCUUUUGUACAGAAUUACAUCGUGAAGAAUUACUUCUACUAUUACCUAUUCCGAUUUUCAGCUGCUUUGGGUCAAGAAGUGUUCUACAUCACAUUUCUUCCAUUUACUCACUGGAAUAUUGACCCUUACUUAUCCAGGAGGUUGAUCAUCAUAUGGGUUUUGGUGAUGUACAUUGGCCAAGUGGCCAAGGAUAUCUUGAAGUGGCCCCGUCCCUCCUCCCCUCCAGUUGUGAAACUGGAAAAGAGAGUGAUCGCUGAAUAUGGAAUGCCAUCCACCCACGCCAUGGCGUCCACUGCCAUCGCCUUCACCCUCCUUAUCUCUACUAUGGACAGAUACCAGUAUCCAUUUGUGUUGGGACUGGUGAUGGCCGUGGUGUUUUCCACCUUGGUGUGUCUCAGCAGGCUCUACACUGGGAUGCAUACGGUCCUGGAUGUGCUGGGUGGCGUCCUGAUCACCACGCUCCUCAUCGCCCUCACCUACCCUGCCUGGACCCUCAUCGACGGCCUGGACUCAGCCAGCCCCCUCUUCCCUGUGUGCGUCAUAGUUGUGCCAUUCUUUCUGUGUUACAAUUAUCCGGUUUCUGAUUACUACAGCCCAACCCGGGCGGACACCACCACCAUUAUGGCCGCUGGGGCUGGAGUGACCAUAGGCUGCUGGAUCAACCAUUUCUUCCACCUUGUGUCCAAGCCCACCGAAUCUCUCCCUGUUAUUCAGAACAUCCCACCGCUCACCACCGACUUGUUAGUUCUGGUUCUGACCAAAUUUACAGUGGGAAUUGUGUUGAUCCUCUUGGUUCGUCAGCUUGUCCAAAAUCUCUCACUGCAAGUGUUAUACUCGUGGUUCAAGGUGGUUACCAGGAACAAGGAGGCCAGGCGGAGACUGGAGAUCGAAGUGCCUUACAAGUUUGUUACCUACACAUCGGUUGGCAUCUGCGCUACAACCUUUGUGCCGAUGCUGCACAGGUUUCUGGGAUUACCCUGAGUCUCAAACGGUUGAAAAGUAGCCCACCGGACAUGAGAGCCAAGACAUAGGAAAGUUAUUGGUAGGCAAUUCUUGACAACUCAUUUUUCUUAAACAAAAAAAUCAUAUGGCUGUCUUGCUACUAUCAGAUAAAUGAUGCCACUAUGUGAAAGGGAAAAAUUGUCUCAUAGGUGUCAUUAGUCUGCAGUGGUUAUGCUACAGUUGAACCCAAGCUAAAAACCAUAAUCCAGAUCUUGAAAGGCACACCCCCACCCCAGCCCCUGCUCCUCUGUCUUUCUGUUGCAUGAACUCUGGACCUAGUCAUGGGCUAGCGGGAGUUGUGGCCUGGCUUAGGAGUAGCUGUGAGCCCCACUGGGUUCUGGAGAGCCAGGAGAGAUAGGAUGAUCUGGGAAGCUGCAGGUAGAGCUUUUAUUUUCAGUUACAACCUUGCCUAGUGCUGAGUCUGAUUUCCAAAAUGGGAACCUUGGUCCAGGAGAAGGGAUGGCACCAUAUUAAACUACAUUCCUUGGAGAGGGUGACUUCCUUAUCAUUUAUUUGGUGUUGAUUUUGUUUUGUUUUGUGUGUUUGAGACAGGAUCUUCCUCUGUUUCCCAGGCUGUAGUACAGUGGCACGAUCUCAGUUCACUGCAAACUCUGCUUCCCAGGCUCAAGCGAUCCUCCUGCCUCAGCCUCCUGAGUAGCUGAGACUAUAAGAAUGAACCACCAUGCCCAUCUAAUUUUUGUAGAGACAGGGUUUUACCAUGUUGCCCAGGCAUGUCUCAAACUCCUGGGCUCAAGCAAUCCACCUGCCUCAGCCUCCCAAAGUGCUACGAUUACAGGCAUGAGCCACUGUGCCCAGCCUCCUCCUUGCUGUGAUCAAAUUAGAUGGUGCCUGGUUGGGUGGUAAGACCAUUCUGGAAAAAAAAAAAAAAAAAAAAAACUCACUGUGAACAGAUGAAAGGCAGAGGCAGAGCUGUGAGGUCAUGGGGAAGAGCCUGCUUUCCUUGAGUCCUGGUGUUCCUGUUGAAACAGAGAUCUGGUCUUCCUUAUUUAUAUACAUUUUGCAGGAUUCCAGGUACCAUUACUAAACUCUUCUGACCCAUAAAACAAGCUGGUUGCUCCCACUUCACCAAACAGGUUGGGUGUUAGCCUUCAACACAAGUGGAUAUAUCUGGGAUUCACUGAGAUUCCCACCCUUUCCUGCUCCUAGUGGUUUGGGACAGGCCCUCUGCCCAUCUUCAGCAGUUUUUUGCUUUCAUAAAAACUUGGAAGACACUGGCAUCUCCUGGAAAGCGGAUCCAUAGAAGAACAGAUGAACUCGAUCCUUUCUGGAGCCUGACAAACAACAGAUAGGUUUCCUUGACUGCCUGGUCCUGACAAGGCCUCCAUGACAUUACUCCUCCAAUUUCACAGUUACCUUCUGUAAAUCUAUUUUCCCAUCUACUGAAUAGAAUCAGGCUCCCUUUCUGUCUUCCCACCUCUUACCUCUUGGCAAUUUUAAGGGUAAUUAAUGCAAGAACAACUUUAGCAUCCGUUGGGAAAACAAGCCAACCAAAUACAACACCCAUUAAGCCUACCAGGGUGAGUCCUCUUAACAUAGGAAGGUGAUGAUUAUGCAGACAUCAGAGUCCCUUCCUCUUCAGUUCCUAAGAAUAAGGAACAGGUAUCAAGAACUUUUUCAAAGUUCGUGUAACUAUAGUUAACAAAGUAUCUAUUGAGGCACAGUGCCUGUAAGACUGAAGCCCAUGCUUUAUCAACCCAACACAUCAUUACCAUGUAUAUACUUUGGAAAAUAUUAGCUUCCCUGAAAGUUACAGAGGCUUUUAAUGUGAUAAAACUGAAAAAUCACAUUCUUGUUGAUUUCAAAUAUAUUCUACGGCCUUACUGUUGGGAUGAUCAUUAGUAUCUAACUUAGCACUCCAAUUUCUCAAGAACUUUUAGCAAAACAUCCUCUUUUUACUUAAAAUUCUUCUCACGUUUAUUAUAGUUAGAAAGCAAAGAUCAAGAUGACCUACCAUUUGACUGCUUUUACAUCAAACUCUGACGAGUAUUUACAGCACAACUCAGGGGAAGGGCCUUAGCAAGCAGGCACCCUCAGCCCGCACCUGCACCUGCACUGCAGUGGCUGUCAGCUGGAUGAGGCACUUUUCUGUAUUUCCAUCCUCAUAGCUUCCCAGCCAGAGUUCGCAACAGUGGGUAGCUAUACAAAAUAAUUGUGGUUGACUUGUCUGAAGCCAGCUGACAAAAGGUUCAGGUUUUCCCACUUGUGUCUUUUAAAAGGAGGGAUUGUGAUAAUGGUCAAAGCAGUGGGUGUUGGCAUAUCAUAUAUAUAUAUGUGUGUGUGUAUAUAUAUAUAUGUGUGUAUAUAUGCAUACUUUUUAGUGCUGUCUCUAGUUUUAACCCCCAACAAUAGGAAGGCACGUCAGCUAUAUUGAUAUAUUUAAGGCUGCACUUACCUAAUUUGGGUUGAGGAUGAAUAUAUCAGCCACAGCACUUUAAAGCUUGAGCCCAGGAUUGGCCAUGGUUGGUCACUUUUUAAAGUAGCUGAUUGCUGCAGCUGGAGAAUGAAAAGCAUACACUUGUGACGCCAACCUCUGUUUUUGAGCCCUCCUGCUCUGUGGUGUAGAAGCAGACAGAAAUUGAUUGGGGGGAAAGCAAGGCAUUAUCUGAUUCAAACUCUUUUCUUGCUAGCCCUCUUCCAUUCCUUUCUCACAUAGCACUUCGCUGGGUUAAAUCCUCUCUCACUCACACCAUUGCAUGCCCCUUAAAAGGCUAUGGCUUCAGGUUCCUUUCAAGACAUCUGGAUUUUCUCUCUGGGGAAGGAGCGCCCCCUACUGGUAUGGCUUCAGUCUAGGUUCACGGUCCCUCUUGAUCUGGUGUCUUGGAGAUUAAUUUAUAAGUCAAGCUCACCACAACCUAAGCCUAUGGUCUGGCCAACCUUGCUUCUGGGAACUGUGACACCAAAGCUCUCAGGAUUAAUCUGCCCUUCCCGGAGCCAGAUAAAAUGACAUGCCUUUUUCCUAAUUGUCCCCAUUCUACCCCCAACCCACUGCCACUGUGGGCCAAGGCAUCUUGAUCUAAAGAUUAGCUGCAAUCUUCAUCUAAAACACCUCUCAUUUCAUGCCAGUUUUGCUCAAACCUGCACCAUCACAAGAUAUUCAGAAGAUGAAAACGUAGAAUACACCCCUGAAUUAAAAACACUUAUAUGGCUGUGGCUGGAAUUACUCUAAAACAUGCCCAGUGAUCUUACUGUAACAUGGGAUUUUUCUCACCCAAAUGGGCAACUCAUGCUUCCUGAGUAUAAUCAAAGCACGUGGUGUUUUGGGGCCAUAUGCUCCAGGUUUCUAUUUUAGAGACCUUCAGCUGUCUUGCUUAUGUGCUAUAUGUAAAUUUAUUCUUUUUAAAAUAACUUUUAUUUGAUUUUGACUUAUUAAAUGCUUUAAAAGCCA